UGUCUAACGUCACUACAACAAAAUAGUUGCGAAAAUAUGGCCGUCGUUAUUAGUAACUUAACUCGGUUAUCGCGAUGUAAAGCAAAGAAUUACACACAUUGCGCACAAAUAAUUCGUAACUAUUCCGGCACGAAAUCAAUCAGGAAUAAUAACUUAACAUUAAUCGGUGUACUAAGUGGUGGAUUAGCCGCAAUAUCUUAUUUAAAAUGGCAAAAAACAGCUGUGGUUGAAGCUUUCAACCCGAAAAAAAUGAAGGAUGAAACCGAAAAAGCUGUCAAAUUAACUGCUCGUGAACGUCGUUUUAUCAAGUUUUCAUCGGUCGAAUUCGAUGGACAGCUGUAUAUGACUCCACAGGAUUUCCUCGAAUCGGUGGUGGAACAGGAGCCACGGCCUCGACUGAAACGAAAGAAGAUGACGGAAAGUGACAUUCAACAGAUCAAAGACAAUACUCCCCCAUUGAAGAAAGGAUCGUCCCAAAUGUUUCGAAAUCUAAGGGAUAAAGGCAUCAUUUCGUACACCGAAUAUUUGUUUUUGCUGUCAAUUCUAACCAAACCGAAAUCGGGCUUUAAAAUCGCAUUUAACAUGUUCGAUACGGAUGGAAAUCAGAGGGUCGAUAAAAAUGAAUUUCUGGUGAUUCGACAUAUUCUGGGUGGAUCUUUAAGAAAUGAUGUUGAUGAACAAACAAAGAAAGUUCUACUCUCCUUACUUUCAACUGAAGCACAAGCGAAAAAUUUACUCAGAAAACCAAAAACUGAAGAAGAAAAAGAAAAAGAAAAGGCUAAGAGAAAUACUGGUUUUAUGGAAAAGAUUUUCAUUGGUGCGUGGAAAGACAAACGUGGAAUAGCGGUUGAUGAUGAUGUAGAUGAUGAAGAAGGUCUUCAACGUAAACACAAAGUAGAUACGACCCUUCAAGUGCAUUUUUUCGGUAAAAAGGGAAAUCAAGAUCUUCACUACGAAGGCUUCUAUAAGUUUAUGGAUAAUCUUCAAACCGAGGUAUUGGAAUUGGAAUUUUACGAAUUCUCCAAGGGAAAUCUUGCCAUCACUGAAGUAGACUUUGCGAAAAUUCUGCUGCGCUACACUUACUUGGAUACUGAUGAAUACGAUAUGUUUUUGGACCGUUUGUUGGAUCGAGUGAAAGACGAGACGGGCGUUUCAUUUAAGGAAUUUAGAGAUUUCUGUCAAUUUCUCAACAAUUUGGAAGAUUUUAGCAUUGCAAUGAGAAUGUACACACUGGCAGAUCAUCCAAUAUCUAAAGAUGAAUUUUCCAGAGCUGUUAAGAUCUGUACGGGUUUGACACUGUCCAAGCAUCUGAUAGACACAGUUUUUGCUAUUUUUGACGAAGAUGGUGAUGGCCUAUUGUCGUAUAAGGAAUUUAUAGCUAUUAUGAAAGACAGAUUACAUCGAGGAUUUAAGUCAACUGCCAAGUCCGAAGGAUGGGAUGCAUUCAAGCAUUGUUUGAAACAAGAGAUGAAAUCGCACGUUUGAUAGUACAUCAUUCAACUAACGAAAAAAAUAAACUUCCAGUUCCUUGGAGACGAGAAUUGAAAUGUUAAAUUUAUUUAUUGUUAUUUCGCUAAAGAAAACUUUUUUGUUCUUUGUACUUUUGUUUACUUCUACGAACAAUUGAAACACAAUAAUACUUUUCACGCCAUAUACGAAAAGGUAAACUGUAAUUUUGUUUUUAACUAUUACAUACGAUUACUAAUAAACUUAUAAACUUAUCGAAGAACACUAAA